AUUAAGUACCUAGGCAUGGAGACUGCUUCUACAAACAUUUGUGAAAGAAUGAGUUGCUCUCAGGAGCUCAGUGGAUUCAAGCGUGGUACUGUGAUAGGCUGCCACCUGUGCAAUAAGUCCAUCCGUGACAUUUCCUUGCCACUAAAUAUUCCACGCUCAACUGUUAGUGGUAUUAUAACAAAGUGGAAGCAACUGGGAACAACAGCAACUCAGACACCAAGUGGUAGGCCAUGUAAAUUGACAGAGCGGGGUCAGCGCAUGCUGAAGUGUACAGUGCGCAGAAGUCACCAACUGUCUGCAGAGUCAAUAACUAAAGACCUCCAAACUUUGUAUAACCUUCAGAUUAGCACAACAGUGUGUAGAAAGCUUCAUGGAAUGGGUUUCCAUGACCGAGCAGCUGCAUCCAAGCCUUACAUCACCAAGUGCAAUGCAAAGUGUCGGAAGCAGUGGUAUAAAGCACACCGCCACUGGACUCUAGAGCAGUACUUGCCUGACUGCAUUGUGCCAAGUGUAAAGUUU